AUGUCAAAUAUCCUUGCCCUUAACGCUGGCAGUUCAAGUCUAAAAUACAAAAUAUACAUUUAUCAAAAUGCCCAUGAAAAUAAUAACAAUAAAUUAAUACUCUUAUCCAAAGGCCAAGUAACCGAAAUCGGGUGCAGAAACAGUGAAUUUUCAGCAAAGUUAUAUUCAUCUUCCACGCUUGAACAAAUUGAUCGAUUUUCACAAAAUAUCGAGGCACCCACCCACGAGAUAGCAUUCACUCACGUCCUCUCGUAUUUACUCGAUAAAAUAAAUCAUUUGAAUGAGUGUAAAAAUAUAUCGAUUGCACAUCGAGUUGUCCAUGGGGCCACAGAAGAAAAACCAAUGAUAAUUUCUUCUUCCGAUGAUCAUUCUUCUCUCGAACAUGCAUUAAAAAAACUUGAUUCCCUAUCUGAACUCGCUCCUUUACAUAAUCAUACAAGUGUUUUAAUAAUUCGCAAGUGCUUGGAUUCUCUUCCUACCGCAAAAAAUUAUAUAUUUUUCGAUACAAUAUUUCAUCGUACAUUGCCAAAAGAAGUUUACACUUAUGCUUUGCCGUACGAGAAAUGUCAAUUAAGACGAAUUCGAAAGUAUGGAUUUCACGGACUCAGUCAUUCUUAUGUGACUCAAUGUGCAAGUGCAUAUUUGGGUGUGGAUUGGAAAAGUGAAGAAGUGAGAUUUAUAAGCUUACAUUUGGGAAGUGGUGCGAGUGUAUGCGCUGUUAGAGGUGGAAAGAGUAUUGAUACUAGCAUGGGAUUAACACCAUUAGAAGGUUUGCCAGGUAUAACGCGCGCCGGAACGGUCGAUCCAUGUGCAAUAUUUCACCUCUCGGAUUUAGCAAAAUCUGGAGUUGAAUCUCGUCAUCCAACAGAUAGAAAAUUUCAUCUAACCGAAGCAGAAUCAAUUCUAAAUCAUGAUUCUGGAAUUAAAGGAAUUUGUGGAAUAUCCAAUUUCGCCGAAAUAACAAAGAUUAUAAAUGACAAAGAAAGAAACAACGAGAAAUUUGAACGAGCCAAAUUAGCAUUCGAUCUAUUCGUCGACCGAAUUCUACACUUCAUUGGGGCGUAUUAUGUAACUCUUGAGGGAAAAGUUACAGGAUUGUUAUUUACGGGUGGAAUUGGAGAGCAUUGUUGGGAGAUUCGUGAAACUGUAUGUGAAAGAUUAAAAUGCUUGGGUGUUGGUGAAUUGGAUAAAGAAAAGAAUCAAAAUGCAGAUAAAGAAUUUGCUGGUGGCAAGAAGGAAAUGGCACGACAAUUGAUUUCGAUGCAGAAAGAAAAAUAA